UUGGAUUGUAGCGGACGUGAUUUUGACUUUCAAACCUUUGAGAUACAUUCUAUAAUUGGAUUUGGAGCAUCUUCUUCGGUUCAUGAUGCAUACUUGAAAGGAACACUAACAAAAUUUGCUAUUAAAAAAUUCGUCGAAGGUUGUAAGGAAGAAAUCAUUCUAAACGAGGAAAAUAUUUAUGAUACUUUCAAAAAUAAAUGGGAAAGUCAAUUGAUAUUUGCUCAUGAUAUUGCAAGUGCUAUAUCAUGCUUACAUGAUAAUCAAAUUAUUCAUCGAGAUCUUCAUCCAAAUAAUAUCUUAAUUCAUCAAGGUGCGAUAAAAUUAGCAGACUUUGGAUGUUCGUGCCUACAAGGAUCAGAUUUCUAUACCAAAGCUUCACGUGGUGUAAUCCCUUAUAUGGACCCUAAAUUUUUGGAAAAUCAAUCGUAUGAUUUAACCGAAAAAUCAGACAUGUACAGCUUGGGAGUAUUGUUCUGGGAAUUAAUAAGUUGUUCAUCACCUUUCAAUUUUGAAACAACAGGCGAUACUUCUAUCCAGAUUGAAAUUCUUAAAGGUGUAAGAGAGUUACCUAUUCCAACCACAAAUCAUAAAUUUGUUAGACUUUAUCAAAAAUGUUGGCAUAAUAAACCAGAUGAAAGACCAGAUAUUAAAAAAGUAAUUUCGGCACUUAGUAAUAUUAACAAUUCUGAAGAAUGUGUAAGAAUUGAAGAACUAGAAAAUGAAGAAUGUGAAAGAACUGAAGAAUUGGAAAAUGAAGAAAUUAAAAAAACAGUUAUUGAUUGUGAUAUAUCUAGAUAUGACAAAAUUUAA